UGUCACUGCCGCACUCACAGGCAGCAACUAGAACACAAGACAGACCUGCCAGUCCAAUAAUAAACAAAUACAAACACACCCGCCUGGAGCAGUUUAAGACAUCAAAAGUGACAUCAUCCAAAUCCUGGCUGGGGACAGGCUCGGUACAACACUGCUUUCUCUCUGCUCCCGGCCUGAACGAGAUCCCAUGGAGCCCUGGGUGAUGGUCUCUGCCGAGCACGCCUCAGUCCUGCUCAGGCAGCUUGAGAGGAUGAGAACCGCUGAGGAGCUCACGGACGUGGUGCUGCUGGCCGAGGGGAUUCCCUUUCCUUGCCACAAGGUUGUGCUCUCCGCAUUCAGCCCUUACUUCCAGGCCAUGUUCACAUGUGGUCUGAAAGAGACCCGGGGAGGAGAGGUACCACUCAGAGACACUCCCGCUAACAGUCUGAGUCUGCUGCUGGGCUACAUGUACCGAGCUGAACUCCCCCUCUCCAAUGACAACAUCCAGGCAGUGGCUGCUGCUGCCUUCCUGCUCCAUGUGGACGGAGCCUUCAGGUGGAAAAAACGAGAGUUGUGUCAGAGCCGCAUGGAAACCAGUAUGGACCCCUCCAACUGUGUUGCUCUAUACCACUGGGCCAGAGACCUGGGGGCCACUGGUUUGGCUGACUGCGCCUUAAGAUACCUCUGCCAGCACUUUGCACAGGUUUGUGAAGAAGACGAAGUGCUGGACCUGGACGCCCAAAGCCUUGGGGAUCUCCUGCGUUCAGAUGACCUCAACAUAUCACAGGAGGAGAUGGUGCUGGAGCUAGUGCUGCGCUGGGUGGAGAGACGAAGAGGGGACUCUCAGAGCGAAGCUCAGGCUCUGGAGCUGCUUAGGCUUGUCCGUCUGGAGCUUGUGGACCCUGGAUUCCUCCGCAAAGCCAGGAGGAGAAACCCAGUAUUGCUUCGGGAUGCAGUGUGCUUUGGAAUGAUUGAUACUCUCAAGACCUCAGGUCUCUGUGAGACAUCAGUUCCACCUCGUCCGGCUCUUCGUUACGGCAUGGAGGCCACUGACCUGCUGCUCUGUUUGGGUGGUGUUGAUAAGGAUGGAGUACCCGCCCGACGCGGAGGACUUGCUGACCUCAGUUGGUGCUUUGCCCCCCAUGCUAGAAAAACUUGCUACAUCCCCUCUCCAUUGAGGGCCUCUGGAGGUACGGGACAGAUCACAGCAGGGGCAGUGACACGGGACAAUAACAUAGUGGUGGCUAUUGAAACAUUCGACCAACACAGGAGGAAGAUGUUGGAUAUCUACAGGUACGAUAGUUCCGAGGAGAGCAGCUGGGCGGAGCUGUGCUCAGUAGCACACAGGGACAUGUACGCCUUGGGGCUCAUCGGCGACGCACUUUACAUGAUAGGGGGUCAGAUGAAAAUGAACAAUCACUACAUCAUCACAGACAGCGUGGAGAGGUGGUCACUGAAGAGAGGAGGCAGCUGGCUCAGCUUCGCCCCUCUGCCUCUACCGUUGGCCUGCCACUGCGCCGUGAGCCUGAAGGACCGUCUGUAUGUGCUCGGGGGCUGGACACCACAGGAUCAGCCGGACGACGACCCUGACAAGCUGAGUAACCGCAUGUUUCAGUUUGACCCGAGCAAGGACAGGUGGACCGAGUGUUCGAGGAUGAAGUACUCCAGGUACCGCUGUGGCACUGCUGUCCUCAAUGGAGAAAUCUACGUAUUAGGUGGCAUAGGAUGCGAUGGAGCAGACCGCGGACAAUCACGCUGCUGUCUGAGCUCUGUGGAGAUCUAUAGCCCAGAUACAGACACUUGGAGGGCAGGACCAACCCUGCCCACUACUCUGCUCUCCCUCCGAACCAAUGCCACCAAUAUAGGAGUAGUGGAGGGAAAGCUAUACCUCUGUGGAUACUACAAGGGGGCAGGCCGUCAUGAGAUCAUCACCAAGGAGAUUUUGGAACUGGAUCCUGCGGACAAUGUGUGGACGGUGGUGGAAAGACGAGCAGCCAUGCACGACAGCUAUGACGUCUGUCUUGUGGCUAACCUCAAUCCUCGAAACCUCUUCACGCCCUAAUGCAUGACCUUCCUGAUUCUGAGGAGCAAUGUUUGGGGCUGGCACAUGUCAGAAAUAGACUUCUGCCUUCUAAAUCUCACACAGUGCUAUAGAAACUCAGCUUCACUCUGGGAUUGCACAUCGUUCAACGAGUAGAUUGAGAAACAGGAAAUCUGAGUUGAGUGUUUUUUUAACUUUAGUGUAAAUGUCCAAAAGUAUUUCCCUUCAAAAGCUAUGAAUCUAUUUUCAAGUGUAAAUAGGCUUAUUAUUGUUUAGUUUUGACAAUCAUGACAAUCGUACAUCAGUCAAGUCAAUGUUCCCACUACAAUCCACACAUAAUCCCACAAACUGAAGAGUUUACAUGGCUUUAAACAGUGGAUUUUUCUUACCUUUAAAUAGAACCAGACCAACCCUCUCUAGCUGUUUUCCUGUUAUGCUAAGCUAAGGAAACCAGCUCUAAAAAUGGUCUUGCCUGCUUUUACGUAACCUUAAGACCCCUGUAGGUUUUGCUACUUAGAAACAGAUGAUUUAGGGGAGGGGGAUUCAGUUGGUUGCAAUCUGCCACCUCACCAGUAGACGUCUCUUAAACAUACACACUGGCCCUUUAAACAAAUGCUGUAAUUGUUCUGGUCUUUUGGUCGGUCCUCCAGGUAUAGUGCCACUUUAAAAGAUAGUAGCCUUUACCUGGAAAGCUUUAAUAAAUGGUUACUAAUGUUUUCAUUAAUGAUAAUGGUUGUAUUAUGCUUAAAAUAUGAGUGAUAACUUGUUGAAGAGUAUUCAUUUGUAGGUGGAGAACCCUCCAAAUUAUCUUAUUUUGACCUUUAGCUUUGCAGCGCACUGAUGACUCAUGCUGUUUACUUUUUGAACCCAUGACCUCUGAAGGAACGAUGCAUUAGUGUGGCCAUUAGUUCAUGACUUACCAACAUUUUAAAAUUUCUUUAUAGAAAGCUAAAAAUCUCAUAUAUAAGUAAAAAAAAAUCUAUUGGGUCAUUGUUAGGAGUUUUAACUUAGCAUUAGGAUUGAUUAAGCGGUGUAGGACAUUAACGCCACAAGAAACGAUCACCCAAAUAGUUUGUAAAGGUUCUAAAGUUGUAUACACUUUCUAUCAAAUGUAUGUCAAAUGUAUUGCAUAAGUGUAACUUUAUUCGAUCAAAUCACUUUCAGGUUUUUUGAUUUAUUCACA